AUGGUAGGCAUACUGGCAAACGCUAGUCGCCUUCGUUCUGGCAUUUCCUGCUCGUUUGCUCGGGAGGAGCCCCGGGCUGGAGGAUCGCAUCGCGUCUUCAAAAUAAUCUUUGAAGACUCUGUCGUAUGGGCAGCGAGAGAAAAUAUCGACCCCGAGCUCUGGGAGACGGAUCUGAAGGGCAUCAAAAAGUUGCAAUACAUCAGGCAGCAGCGACCUAGCCUUCAAGCACCAGACAUUUUUGUGGUAGAAGAAGACCGCAUUGUGUAUUUGGAUUGGGUAAAGGGCAAGCCUUUAUCGGUCUGGAACCUUCAGAUACCUCGUUCCAGCCGCCAUCAGUUUCUCGACGGAUUCGCCGAUUUUUUAUUGCAGCUUUGGACAAUCGAGGCACCACCAGAGUUCGUGACGGAUACUAAAGAUUCUUAUGCGGCGUGGCUCACGAAGAGUCUCGAUCGAGGUCUUCGGAGAACACUCAACAAGACUGCGCGAUGGGGCAAUGCUGUCGACUAUCUCAUCAUGCGAUCUAUGAUUCCGGACUAUGCUUCUAAGUUUGACAACUAUACUGAAUUUGGAUUCUCACACGGUGACAUGAAUGCAUACAACAUCUUGAGAGCCGAGAAUUUUGAAUUGACAGGUGUGAUAGAUUGGGAUUGGGCGUUUGUCGCGCCGCUGCCAGCGGUUGUCCAUCACCCCUGGUUUCUUGCAGAUGUUCCUGGCUGGAACAACGACGGUGUCUCCAGCCACGAUCAUUUCACGCAGGACCGUGCGUAUCUCGAAACCAAAAUCGCCGAAGGAGAAAACUUGAGAAGAAUGACCCCCAAAGUAUCUGUGUUGCUUCGAGACUCGGGAGCGAGGCUAUUCUUCCAGUCUGCAUUCCACUUCAAGGGUAUUCACGAACGGUUUGUUGCGAUGCAUUGUCAGCGGACCCAGAAGAACCUUGAAGCGGCCAAGACGCAGCUGGAUAUCGUAAUGCAGACUCAUCCUGAUCUGAAGCAAGCAGCUCUGGAGUUGAUGGAGGAGAUGAGUGUUUCGAGCUGUGAAAAAGUGAUGGAUAGAAAUUGA